AGUGGCCAAUUAUUACUUGGUGGUUUGUAUCUGAAUUGGUCUUGAUACCUCACAAUUAUUAAUAUUUCAGUUAGCUCAUCAUGUGUGUCUAACAACUGGUUAUGAACUAACUUGUUAUAAAAUCCAUUUAGUAGAAACUCAUCAUACCCAAAUUUUGCACAGGAAAGAAUAACAUAUUAAUACAUGUCGAACAACAAGUCUUAAGAGCAUGUUGCCAACAAUUUUGAUCCUUGUAAAUAGAGCAGAGACAGUAAUGGUAACUUAUUUGGUUCAGCUUAUGGUAAAUUUCUGCAAUGCACAUGAAGCCAUCUUACAGCUGCGUUAAUGAGUUCCUGUUUCAGAUGGUCAAGAAUACUGAUCCUUUUGUGAUGGAUCUUGUUGCAGGAGGAUAAAACAUGCCAGCAAGGAAGCAACAUGCAACAUAGAUGUUGAGUUCAUACUUUAUUUUGAUGGUAUCUGUACAAAUACAAGCAUUGAGCACGUUUCUGGAGGUUAAGUCAGCUCUUUAAUAUUGUUCCCUUGGGAUUCUUGCUCCCUCAACCUUCAGCCAAAAAACUAACUUGAACACCAGUGCAGUCAGUGCUGUCCAUAAUAAUUGAAAGGUGACAGAUUGACAAUUCUAAUAAUAAAUAUUGCCACCAUAUGUUAACUAUUGAGCAACCGUGCAUUGCCAGCAUGUGAAACAUGACUUUAGGUCCUAUGGUAAAAUAUAUAUAUAUUUAGAAGCAUAUUAUUACACAUGGUACCUUCAAACAUCAUGGUCCAGGAUACAUUCUGUAUUGUCAUAUAUUUUAUUGUUCUGUUUAAUUAUGUCAUGAAUUUUGCUUGACAGGAAAACCAUUUGCAUAUGAAUCUUCAGUGGCAUAUUUAACUGUUUAACUCCAGAAACCAAGAAUCUUCUUCUGAGAAUAGACAAAAAAAAUUUAGGUGGUUGUUAUUCACAGUGCAAGUUGUUCUUACUGACAAAAUAACCAGCAUUGUAGUUGUCUUUGUAACUGUGUUAUCUGACAAAUAGUUCAUGUGUUCAUAAUUUUUUCCUGAAACAGAUGACAUGAGCUCUAUCUUCCAGUAAAGAGAGGAACAUGGAUUCAAAGUUACACCGAUCUCAUGAUCUAAUUUCAUUUUAUAUUUUCAGUUUAGCCCAGUGGCAGACGCAAGAAUUUUUCAGACCCCGGGCAAACCGAACAAUGUUGGGUGUUUAUUCUGCGAAAACAUUCUUAUGAUAACUACAAAAGCCAAUCAGGAGAUCGCCCAUGGUUUAGCCAUCAACUGAAAUCUGGAUUCAGAAAACAAUCAGAUCAUGAUACGCACGAGCGGUGAGUGGUAUUGGAUGAUUGGAUCAUGUUGCUGGUAGGAGAGACAUGCUAACAGUGAGCUGCAUAAAGAUCUAGAUGCAGGUACAACUACAAGAAGUUGCAACCAAAUUGACAGAUUGUUACAAGAUGAGAGUCAGCUGCUGCUUCAACGAACAUCACGGUCAGUUGCAUGACUGGUUCUCCAGAUCUUCCGGUUGAGCUAAGCACUCGUGCAGAUGCUUUUGUCACCAACAGCUGAGACAUCACAUGGUCACAUCAAGCUCACUUGUUGAUGUCUCUGCACUGGAAUUAAAGAACAUAACUAUGUCCUGGAGACAGAUGAUUACACCGCGUUUAGCAGAAAACUUGCUUCAUUGUCAGUUGACAGCGAAUGCUAGAGCAAUGGUAGCUGAGAUGACAUUCUCAAUGCCAUUCCCUCUGGUUCUCGAGUAUAAAUAGAGUGAGCUGCAAAUGGUUGAUCACAAAAGAAAGUGUCAAGCUCUUCUCUUCUCUUCCAUUUCUGACAGAAGAACACAUCUUGGCAUCCAACAUCACAAGCAUGGCUUCCCAUCAAAGGUCUGCAAGUCUGCCAUCCAGGCUUCACUCCACUGAAUCCAAUGUGGAAGAAGAGCUUCAUGGCUUGAGAUCAUGCAUCUCUUCACCUUCCGCGACAAUCGGCACGAUGUGCGAUGGUCUGAGGAGGCUCGGAGAGGUCUACAACAGCAUAGAGGAGAUCAUGUUCUUGCCCAGCAACCAAGCUGGCAUCUCCUUGCACCAGCAGAGGAAGAUGGUGGAGGAAGAACUUGACAUGUCCCUCCUGCUGAUUGAUCUCUGCAAUGCCAUGCAAGAGAGCUUAUCAGAGAUGAAGAUGAGCAUCCAUGAGCUGCAGCUACUCCUCAAGAGAGGAGAUUCUGUGGCAGUUCACAACAAGAUCGAGUCUUUUGUCCGGCUCGCGAAGAAGGCGCAGAAGAUGCCAUUCAAGAAGACAAGCAUUGGAGCCAUCUCAGAGAGUUGCAAGAUGAUCAGGCUACUGGGAGAAGCCAGAGAGAUGGCUGUCUCUGUGCUUGAAUCCACAUCUCUUCUGUUGCCAAAGCAGAUUGCCAAGAACAGUGCAAGCAAAUGGUCUCUGGUGUCCAAGAGGUUUCAGAGAAGGAAUGUUGUUGUGUGUGAGGAGCAGCAGUUGCAAGAACUGGAGCAUAGCAUGGGGGAUCUUGAGGAUGGUGCUGAGUUCUUGUUCAGGAGAUUGAUCCAGAUCAGGGUUUCUUUACUGAACAUUCUUAGCUCAUAGAUUUCUCUCAAGCUUUGUCUUGUGAUUGGCAUAUGCCUUUUUAAAGGAUUCGUCAAUCUUGUAUAUAAAUUGAUAGUUUCUAAAUGAGAACAAAUGUAUAUAUCGAUCAAGGAAAGACAGUUUUGAUCAUAUUCAUGUUGUUCAUGAUCCUUUAUGCCUGCUCCUUAUUUCUAUGAAAUGUUUUUAUGACUCUGUUAUGUUUAUGUGCACUUUGUGCUUUUGUGGUGAACACGAUAAAGAAAAUCUUAGUUUGUAAAAUCUGAGUCCUUUUUUUUUUUCUUAUAAUUCCAUUGGGAGUUCAGAAUUCAGAUGCUCAUUGAUUUGUGGAAAACCCUUUGCAUCACACGUGUUUCAAAAUUUUUAAAAUUUGUGGAGUUUUUAUAUAGGAGCUCUGUGUCAUAGAUGCAUGAACUUGCCAGCUCCAGUCAAUCAGCCUGACCUUGAAGCACAUGCUGAGCAGGGCAUAGGUUGGUUAUAUUUUCUCCUAAUUGACAUCCUUUGCUUCCAGCACUAGGAACAUAACAGAGUGACAGAACUCAUCUGUUACACCUAAAGAAGGUGGUCCAUUUCUUUUCUUUCUUCUUUUUUUUCAUUCCACAUGAUUAAAUGAUGCUCUAAUCUUCAGAUGGUGUAACAGAUGUAGAUAUAAAAUACUUGAUUCAUCACAGCAGUAAUGUAGCAACAUAGCAGACUUUCAGAAAAAAAAAA